GGGAAGCAGUGGAUAGAGUCCGAGUGAAGAAGGUGUAUCAGGGAGCUGUGCCCGGUGUUAUCCUCGGGUCAGACUUUGAAAGCCGCCCAGAAUGCAGGUGCUGCUGCCGCUGCUGGUGGCGCUCGCGCUGUGUGCCGAGCUUAGGGCUCAGUUCUGGCCGGGCGCGGUGGUCGGGGCGGGUAUCGCGCUGGAGUCGGCAGGGAUCGGCUACAUCGCCGGCCGGGCGUCGCGGCGACACCACCACCACCACCACCACCGCGGCUACUACGGCCGUCGGCGCCGUGCCGCCGGCCUCAUCAGCCCGGUCCCCACUGCAGCUGAGCUCUCCGCCGGCGGCCCUUCAGUGGACGAGGACCCCGCGCUGACGGCGGCGCUGGAGGCCGCCGAACUGGACGCCUAUUUCCGCGUGAUCGCCGCUGAGGACCUGCUCGACUGCGGCCUGAGACUGGUCUGCGAACUGGGUGCGGAGGAGGAGCUGGGUCGGAUGGAUGAACGGCAGCGCAAUGUGAUCGCCUUGUUCAGGUCCGAGGUGGCUACACUGGGGAGCACCAUGAGUCCCGCCAGGCAGCGUUAUGUGAGCGCCUUCCACCGUGGGCAGAGCAGCGGGGAGGCAGAGCGCUGUGGGGAGAUGUUCCCGCUCUGUCCGGCCAGCGGCCAGGAGAUCAUGGCGGCCCUGAGGACCGUCAGUCGCUGAUGACAAACCGUCAGCCGAUGAGGGCGGACCGUCAGUUGCAGAGAACGGAUCGUCAGCUGCUGAUGACGGACCGUCAGUCGCUGAUGACGUGUCGUCAGUCGCUGAUGAUGUCUGAUGGGAGAGGGAGCUAAUAUGUGGUGAAGCGGGAGCUGAUGAUGGGCCCACGGUAGGGACAAGUUACUACUAGCGCCCGGAUGGGUCCUGCAGCUUGUGCUGCCAUCUGGUGGGGCGGCAGUUGAUGACGCCCGAUGGCCGUUGAGGUGCAUGGACGUCUGUGGAUGAUGGUGAUGGAUAGUGCCGUGAGAUGACGAGUCUGUCACAGACUGACGGCUCACUGUGAGCCAUACUGUCGGCUGAUUGUUACUGUCAUUACGUCUAAUAUGUUUCAUAAAGUCAUUAACCCGCGCCCGGCUGGGGGUCCUGGAUUUCCACGCCCUGCUGGGGGGGGGGGGGGUGUUUGAACACCCCCCCUUGUAACUCGGCUCCUGGGCCACGUAGCGAUACGCGGAAGGCGGCAUUCGAAAG